GUUCUCCAUAAAGUCCUGGUCCCCAUCCCCAAUUUUUUUCCAUACAGCGCAAUCCACCAUCAAUAAGAAAGAUGUCUACGCCCGCUUACCUAACAAAGCUCGAGUCUAUCCCCAAGGAGAAGUUCCUCUUCGGUCCUUCUCCCAUCUCAUACCUUCCCAAUCUCACCGCCGUUCUCGGUGGGAAGGUCAAGCUUUACGCCAAGCGUGAGGACUGCAACUCCGGCCUGGCCUACGGUGGUAACAAAGUCCGAAAGCUGGAGUAUCUCGUUGCGGAUGCCAAGGCCAAAGGUUGUAACACUCUCGUCUCCGUCGGUGGUGUGCAAUCCAAUCACACCAGGGCUGUGACCGCUGUGGCCGUCGCUUCUGGACUCAAAGCCGUCACAGUGCAAGAGAAGUGGGUCCCCAUCGACCCCCCUCUUUACUCUGAGACAGGCAACAUCCUUCUCUCCCGAUUAAUGGGCGGCGACGUUAGACUUAACCAGGAGACUUUCGAUAUCAGACACAAAAAGGCUACCGAAGAUGCUUUCAAGGACGUGGAAGCCAAGGGCGGCAAGCCAUACUACAUCCCUGCUGGCGCUUCUGACCACCCACUCGGUGGAUUGGGUUUCACAAACUGGGUCGUUGAGCUCGCCAAGCAAGAAAAAGAACUCGGCGUCUUCUUCGACGUCGUCAUCGUCUGCUCCGUCACUGGUUCUUCUCACGCCGGUACCGUCGUCGGUGCCGUUGCAGAAGGAAGGAAGCGCAAGAUUAUCGGUAUUGACGCGAGUGGUAAGCCCGAAGCGACAAGAAACCAGGUCUUGAAGAUUGCAAGGAAUACUGCGGCCUUGUUGGAUGAGCGUUUGGAGAUUAAGGAGGAGGACGUCAUCUUGGACGACAGGUUCCACGCUGGUAUCUAUGGUAUUCCUGACGAUGAGACCAUCGCCGCCAUGAAGUUGGCUGCCCAAACCGAUGCGUUCAUCACCGACCCUGUAUACGAAGGCAAGUCCAUGGCGGGAAUGAUCCGACUUGUGAAGGAAGGUGCCAUUAAGGAAGGAUCGAACGUGUUGUAUAUCCACCUCGGUGGACAACCGGCGUUAAACGCCUAUAGCUCAUAUUUCCCUCAUGCUUAGGUAGUAAGAGGUUCAAUAGGUUGUAAUAUGGGUCUCUUUUAUUCCGUUGUCAUCCAUAGCUAGGUUUUCGCGCGAAAUGUUUGUGCCUGUACGGUAGCUCGGAUGUUGUUAAUCCAUACGCGGAGGGACGAGUCUGAAUGAGAAGCUGAAAUCGUUGUUUGACGCAAUAGAAGUUUCG